AUGGCAGAAUUUGAUCAGAGCAAGGCCUACGCCGAGCAGGAGGAAGUUUUCUUUGACGAUGGCCGUGAACUCGAGCUCCUGCACUUUGUCUACGGCAAGCCAGACAUUGAGGAGAUUCGCGGCAAUCCUCAGAAGGUGCUGGCUGCCAUUGAUGAGUUCGCCAGGACCAAGAAGUACCUCAUGAACGUGGGAGAAGACAAGGGCAAGAUUGUUACCGAAUUGAUUUCGGAGGUUAAGCCAGAGACUAUGGUUGAAUUGGGUGGCUACAUUGGUUAUUCCUGCCUUCUCUACGCCGACGCUGUCCGCAAAGCUGGUGGCAAGCGUUACUUCAGUCUCGAAAGAGACCCUGUCUUUGGUGCAGUCAUCUCCUCGCUGGUCGACUUGGCUGGUCUGGGUGAUUUCGUCAAGGUCAUCAUUGGUUCCAGCGCUGUCUCAAUCAAGAGACUACACACCGAGGGCACUCUCAAGCACAUCGACAUGAUGUUCCUCGACCACUACAAGCCCGCAUACAAGACCGAUCUGAAGCUUUGUGAAGAGCUCAAGCUUGUGACUCCUGGAAGCGUGCUGGCUGCCGAUAACGUCAUCAAGCCCGGCAACCCACCAUACCUCGAGUACGUUCGCAGCAGUGUCGCUGAGAAGCGCAAGGCUGCGGAAGACUCUUCGGACGAGAGCAACCCCGAUGCUAGAUUCGCCGACAGAACCGCCAAACAGUACGCCAACAGACAGACAGAGGAGAAGCUGCAACAGUCCAGAGGCAACCCCAACCUGAUCUACGAGAGCAAGCUUAUCAACAGCUACGAGCCCUCAGGUGUACCAGACGGUGUCGAAAUUACUCGCUGCACUGGCGAAGAGUCUUCCUAG